AUGAAAAGGAACAUAACCAAUAAUAUGUAAUUUAAAGAUAAUUAAUUUUAUGUUUUUUUAUAUAUGUUUAUUUUUCUACAAUACACGAAAUGGAUAAUGAAUUUCCAGAUUCAGAUGAAGAAUAUGAUUUGGUACAUAAAGAUGACUUUAACGUUUUAAAAGAAAUCGAAGCUGAAUUAGAUAACAAGAAGAAUCUUCAAAAUAAUAAGGAACAAACCUCAAAACAAACCAAAACACAAAAAUUAUUUGGAAAUGAUUACAGUCAGCCAAGCACUUCUUUUCAAGCAAAUGAAUCUUCUAAUAAUUUCAUAACUGAUUCUAGAAAACAACAAUUCCAUUCGCAACAAACAAAAACACAAAUACUGAUUGAAAAUGAUAACUGUCAGCCAAGCACUUCUUUCCAAACAAUUGAAUCUUAUAAUAAUCCCAUAAGUAAUUGUAGAAAAAGAAAUUAUGAUGAGCUAUUUGGUGAUAUAUCAGAUUUAUUGGAAAAAGAUACUUUCCCUGAAUUAAUAGAGCCGAAAGAAAAAAGACCUUGUUGGAAUGAAACAGAUGCUAUUAUUAAAACAGUUAUUAACACAAGAAAAAGAUUGUUAGAAAAUGAUAGUAAUAUAUCUAAUGAAACCGAUUAUUAUCAAAAUGAAAAGGAUAGCAUUUCUUUACGUGUACCACCCUGGAAUUUUAUAGCAUUAACUAGACCAUUCGAUUCUCAACGUAUGUAUAUUAGAAUAAAGAAUGAAGAAAAUAUCUCUGUAGAAUCCAGAAAACCUAUUCAUAAUCUACUAUCGGUAUCAUAUAAUCAACUUAAAGCAGAAGCAGAAGAAAUUAUUGUUAACAAUGCAAAACGUGCAAGCAUAGCAGUGACUACAUCUUUUUAUUGUGACGAAACAAGUGGCACUGAAUUAUGGGUUGAUAAAUAUAAACCUAAAAAAUAUAUAGAACUCCUUUCAGAUGAAAAUGUUAAUAGACAGUUUUUAUAUUGGUUAAAGUUAUGGGAUAAAGUAGUAUUUCAUAAAGAAGUAUCUACUCGAAAACAAAAGAUUAAUGUAUCUACGUCAGAUAAGUUUGUAAAUAAUAAACAGAAUGAUCUAGACGAUAAAGGAUAUCCUAUUCAAAAGAUAGUAUUACUUACAGGCCCUCCUGGUUUAGGAAAAACAACUUUAGCACAUUUAGCAGCUAAACAUGUUGGUUAUAAUAUUAUUGAAGUUAAUGCAAGCGAUGAAAGAGGACCCGAUGCUUUUAGACAAAUUUUACGCUCUUCAACACAAAUGAAAGCAGUCUUAGGUAAGGAUCCACGUCCAAAUUGUUUAAUUCUUGAUGAAAUAGACGGUGCACCAAUAGCUUCGAUUGAAGAACUUAUCAGAUUUGUACAAGGAAAAUCCUCUUCCAAGGGUAAAACGAAUAAAUUGAAAACUGACAAAGAAGGAGAAAGUUGUCAACGCCCUAUAAUUUGUAUUUGUAAUGAAUUAUAUACUCCAUCUCUAAGAUCACUGAGAAAUGUUGCUCUAGUCAUAGCUGUACCACCAUAUAUGGGGAACGUUAAUAUAAAACAUAAUGUAUCUAUAGGAUUAAAAGAUUCUCGGAAGGGAUUAUUUGAUACAUGGAAAGAAAUUCUUAAAGUUCCUUUUACUAAACUAGGUAUUCUAUCCACUCGUGAUAGAAUGCAUAAAGUAUUGAAAAUAGUACAAAGUGGAGACAAUGAAAAAUUAGUUCAGGGCAUAUUUCAUAAUUAUCCUAUAAAUUGUACUGAGAAACUUCAAAAUGUAUCUGUAGCAACUGAAUGGUUUCAAUUUUAUGAUGAAAUUUCAACAUCUGUUUUACACCAUCAAACUUGGUCGAUUAUGCCGUAUACAAAUUAUGCAUUUCUUAUAUGGCAUUUGUAUUUAUCCACUACGAAAAUUCCGAAAUUAUUUUUCCCCAUUAUCAUAUUUGAAACAAAUCAAAAAAUUACUAAAAACACAAGCAACUUAACAGCAGUUAAACGUAAUCGUGGAAUUGAUAAUAUAACAUUGAUUAUGGACUUUACUCCUAUUCUACCAGAUCUGUUGAAUCCACAAAUUCGUACUGUUUCUGGUCAUUUAUAUUCUUCUACAGAAAAAGCUAAUCUCUCACGUGUCGUUAACAUUAUGCUUGAUUUUGGACUAACUUUAGUACAAGAAAAAAAUACAGAAGGAAGAUACGAAUACAAAUUGAACCCUGAUAUUUAUGAUAUUGGCUGCUUUAAUGAUUGUAAAAAUCGUAUCAAAAUUCCUUAUACUAUAUUACAAAUUAUUUCUCAAGAAUUACAAAUUGAAUUUGUUAAGAGAUCUACAAAAGUCACAGGAAUUACGCAAAAUAAUACAGAGAAAAAAGUAGAAAACAAAAUUCAAGAAAAGGGCAUGGAUGUAAAUUCAAUACAAUCAGAAACAUUUAUGAAAAAAGCCCCUAAUACGUCUAUCAUGUCAAAUUUUCUGAAAUGGGGUAAUACGAUUCCAGCAAAAAUUUCACCGAAAAGAAAUUUAUUGGGUGAGACAGCGGUACCAGAUGAUAAUAAUUUAAAAACAAAUACAAUAGUAUCUCCAAAAUCAAAAGAAAUAAAACAAAUCCGAGACAUUAUAAAUAAGUAUGGUGUUUGGUAUAAAUAUAAAGAAGGUUUAACUACUGCAGUACGACGACAAGUUUUAAUAAAAGAUCUAUUAUAA